AUGGUGAACAUCACCGAGGAGGUCCUGUGCUGCAGGUGUCCGGACCGGCUCCUGCAACCUCUCUGGGACUAUCUGCUUCUUCACUACAGCCCUCUUCUCUCGUCUCCCUUCUUACCCGCCUCACUUGCCUUCUCCAGUUACAUCUUCUUCAGUUUACCCUUUACUGCACUGGACCUCUUGGGAGACAGAGUCCCCCUAUUCUAUCGCUACAAGAUCCAGCCGAACAGGCAUCCGACACUGGGAAUGAUGGCCAGGAGCUUCAUGAUGGCUGUGUAUAACCACUUGGUCUUCGUUAUGCCAGCUGUGAUUAUCGGCACGUUCAUACUGCCUCCGCCGGUGCUCCCGCCCUGUGCUCCCACCGCAUACAAGGUGCUGAUUGAUGGACUGGCUGUGCUUCUCCUCUUUGACACGCAGUAUUAUAUUUGGCAUUUUGUGCACCACAAGCACUCGCAGCUUUACCGUUGGGUCCAUGCCGUCCACCACGAGUACAUGGCUCCCUUCUCUUGGUCCACGGAGCAACUCAGCAUUCCCGAGUUAAUGACUGUAGGUCUGUGGAGUAACCUGGACCCUAUUCUGUUUAGAUGCCACCCUUUGACCACGUUAUGCGUAACCGUUUUCAGCAUCUGGCUGUCUGUGGAAGACCAUAUAGGCUAUGACCUGCCAUGGGCUCUCAACCACCUGAUGCCAUUCGGUCUGCUGGGGGGAGCACCAGCCCAUGAUAUGCACCACCAGAGGCCAAAUAGCAACUACGCUCCGUUCUUCAGCCACUGGGACAGAAUGUUUGGCACUGCUGUGCCACCAGAGAAGAAGGCUGUGAGGAAAACAUAACGUAAAAAAGUAGAAACAAGGGCAAAAAGUAGAGUAAUGCUAGUGUAGUACACGUUUUAACAUUUUUGUCAUUGUAUAUUUUCUUUUUGCACUUUAUCUAAUUUAUGUAUGUCAAACUAUUGACCGAUUUUGCUCCAUUUAGCAAAGUUUUCAUGCUUCCUGGGUUGAACAAUGCACGACAAUGGCAUAACCAGAACAAAGAUGGUGCUUUAACAUUUGAAACAAGCUUCAGUUUAUUUCCAGUACAGUUCAGUUAAUCCAAGUGAAGUUAAAGCAGUGCACUGGUUUAGCUGUCGAGCAAAGUAGCUUAUAAGCUCCAUAAGAUGGCAGCAGACUGAGUGUGAAACAAAAGCAAGGGUCAGCAAAUAACUUGUCCUGUUGGCUUGUUCGCUUACGUAAGUACUUGGACCAGCAUGACUAAGGAAAGACUUGUUCACGCAGGCGCUUUCAAACAAACUGCUAUUGCCAGAUCUAAUGGUCAUGCACAGGUCACAUCCAACAAAAGCCCACCGGUUUGAAGUUUGAACGGUCCUAUUUUGACCCCUAGGAUACCUGUUCAAAACUUUAAAAAAAGCCCCCCCCCACUGACAGUAACGAGAAGACAGAAAAUGGAAUUUAUGCAAUUAAAUCGAUAUUAGUGGCAAGGGGUCUUUUACUUUGCUUUCGUCCAUCUUGACGAGAUGAGCAGUAGAUACGGUCUGAAGCCUUGCUGUGUCUCGGACUUCUGUUGGGAACUAACUGCCAUAUCCUCUAUUGCACCUUUGCACAGGUAAUGCUAGUAGCGAAUGAACAGCUUUAAAAAAAAAAGUACUUUUUUAAAAGAUAAUGUAAAUUAUUCUUCUACUUCAUUUCCCCUGUGAUAUAUGUAAUACUGAUUAAGUGCUGAUGCUAAUUAGUAUGUGAAUCUUUGUCGUGGUCCAGCAAAAAUUACAAACAUUAAAUGCAACAAUGCAAAAAAAAAAAA